UGAUGUCGCGUCGCUCACAAUAAACGCGUCUUGCUCUUUAGUCUCAGAGGGGUAUGUGUAAGAGCUAGACUAUCAAUUUAACUGCUUUAAAAGCCAUCUUGCCCUGGUAGGUUCUAUUUGGCAACUCGCACAUCUUCCACAGUCCCAUCAUCAUCACACAAUGGUCGUCCAGCUCUCCUACCGCAAAUCUCUCCGCUGGGUCCCUGGCGAGCCCUCAGAACCAACCUCAACCCUCGUCCUCGACGUCGGCGACUUCUUUGUCGAUCUCAGAAUCUCAAACUCAGAUGGCGGUAUCGAUUGGGCAAUGGCCGGUAAACGCAAAGUACUCUCACAAUCACCAUUGAGAUGCCAAUGGAGCAAAGAAAUCUGCUCUCAAAACACCGAACCCCACGACGAUAUCGGAGAAUUCGAAGACCUGCCAAACGGUGACGCAUUAGAAAAAGGCUCAAUGCCUAAUCCUGAUAACAAUGAUGAAGUUCAGGCUUAUGAGGAGAUUUGGGGUAAUCUUGAUGUUCCUGCUUCUGGAGAGCCAGCGUGGAUUUUGAGGAGUAAAGAUGAGAAUGGGAUUACGUUUAUGGGAAAAGUGGGGCAUUGGUUCCAGGUGUUGAGGAAGAGGGAGGGUGGAUUUGAUGUUUUGAGGGAGGAGAAAGUGGAGGGGAAGUGGAUAAGGAGGUAUCAGGUUGGCGAGAGACUGCCUUCGAUUUCGGAGUUGGGAGAAGAAGCUCUCAGUUCUGAGGGCUGGAAGCAAGAUACUGAUGUCAAGGUCGGGGGAGUGACAUAUAAUGUCUAUGCUCUGGAGAAGGCAUAA